GACAACCGCGGCCGGCCGCUACGGAAGCGGUGUUCUGUUGCUGCAGAGACGGCCGGCUGUCGCCGAUGGUUGUGGCGCCGGGACCAUGACGGGGAAGAAGUCUUCCCGGGAGAAGCGGCGCAAGCGGAGCGGGCAGGAGGCGGCCGCCGCGCUCGCGGCCCCGGACCUGGUGCCCGUGCUGGGCGGCACCGCGGGCGGCUGCGGGAGCGGCGGCUGCUGCGGGGGCGCCGCCGGCGGCAGCGGCGGGGCGAGUGUGGCGGGCGGCGCGGAACGGAGCGAGCGCCGAAAGCGGAGGAGCACCGACUCGUCCUCCAGCGUCUCGGGCUCCCUGCAGCAGGAAACCAAGUAUCUUUUGCCAACUCUGGAAAAAGAAUUACUCUUGGCAGAGCACAGUGAUGUUGAAGAAGGUGGACUGGAUCUGACUGUUUCAUUAAAACCAGUUAGUUUCUAUAUAUCAGACAAAAAAGAAAUGCUCCAGCAGUGCUUCUGUAUAAUAGGAGAAAAGAAGUUACAGAAGAUGCUCCCUGAUGUGUUGAAGAACUGUUCAGUAGAAGAAAUUAAAAAACUAUGCCAGGAACAAUUAGAGCUCCUGUCUGAAAAAAAAAUCUUGAAGAUUCUUGAGGGUGACAAUGGUUUGGACUCUGAUAUGGAAGAGGAGGCAGAUGAUGGCUGUAAGGUGGCAUCCGAUUUAAUCAGUCAGCAAGAUUCCUGUGUAGAUUCUACUUCAUCCCUGAGAGAGAACAAACGACCAGAAGGUUUGGAAUCAAAACAAGUUUCUAAAAGGCUGAAGUAUUAUUUGAGUAGUUAUCCAGGCAAAGGGGAAGAUAGUGAUGUACUCAGUAUAAAUGCAGAUGCUUAUGACAGCGAUAUAGAAGGCAAUGAAGAAUCUGCUGCCGCUGCCGCCACUGCCACUGGUGUCGCAACUGCUGCUGCCGCUCCAGAAGUCCCAGAAAGAACAGUCCGGGGCGAAGCUGGUCAGAUAGAUGACUUGGAGAAAGAUAUUGAAAAAAGUGUGAAUGAGAUUUUGGGACUGGCGGAGUCUAGCCCAAAGGAGCCCAAAGCGGCCACCCUGACUGUUCCUCCACCAGAAGAUGUUCAGCCUUCUGCGCAGCAACUGGAACUUCUAGAACUUGAGAUGAGGGCAAGAGCAAUUAAGGCUCUCAUGAAAGCUGGUGAUAUAAAAAAGCCAGUCUAGUUUUCUGACUUCAAUUUUGUGUGUUUGAAUGAAGCCAUGUGAUAUAAUUUUGUAUCUGACAUUUAUUUGGGGUCUCACGUGAUAUUUCUCCUGUAAAACUUACUAGGUGAACUCAUCUUAGACUGAAAUUAUAUAUAUAUUUUUUACUUUUAUAUUAUAGAUUAUAGAUGUGUGUUUAAAUUCAUGACAAAUAUAGUUGGAUACCCUGAAUAUUUCUUUUAGGUUUGUCUGUAAAUUGAUAUUUUAAAAGCCAACAAGAAGGAGUCAGGAUAUUUUUUUUUUUCUUUUCAACUGUUUGGGCAACAAACUCAGAAGCUUUAAGAAAGAUUGGCCAAGCAUGUUUCUCUUAAGGCUGCCUGUAUUUUUCAAUAGAAUAUUAAAUUAUUGCUCCUAGAUUUGUUAACAAUUUAUGAACUUUAGUUUUGUGUAUAUAUACUUUUAAGAUAUGUACUGCUUGAGGAUGCCUUUUGUGGAUGUGGGUUUCCUAGCUAAAAGUAAUGAACUGUUUUGUUGUAAGACUUAAAGAUCUGAAUUUGCUUUAAAAGCUUUUUUUAAUAAAGAAAAAACUCAACUUGACUAUUUUUUUAGCAAUGUAAACUUAAUUUGUUCAUGUUUAAUUCCAGCAACAAGCCAUUCUCACGUGUGUUUGGUCUUUGGGGAGUACUUUGUUCAGUUUUUUUCCUUCAAUUAAAUUUUUUUUUUCAUUUACAUUCCAAGCUUUCAGGAAAAGGGUAUUAUAUUAUGAUACAGGGUUUCAUUUGAUGUCAUUGUUUGAAGAUCUGAUGUAUAGUUCCAUAAAUCAAAAUAAUAAAAGGCUGUUAUUCUGGAUAUGAAGACGUGAUACUUUUCCAAAAGCAAAAUUGACUUUAAGAACCUUUGAUAAGUUGAUGUUGUAAUUAAGCUAAUUUUGUAUACUUUUUAAUAAACAAAUUAGCAUCUUGCCACAA